AUGCGCACCCAGAGGAGUGUCAUUACUCCAUCACGUGAGGAAAAAUGGCUGUCGACGGGGAGCAGCAGCAGGCCCACAGAGCAGGGAUUUACAAACAGAAAAAUAAGCAGCACAAGCAUGGAAAACACCGCACGAAGGGCGAAAUCGAGAGGGAAAACAAAGGUCGAGUGGCAGUGAUGGCCCUCACCAAGAAGCAGAGGAAAGAACAGCGGAAGAUGGACCGGAGACACAAAGCCAACCAGUUACGUCGUAACAAGAAAGACCAGGUACUGACAGAGAAGCGGAAGUUGGGCAGCAGGGACGGACCCCCCCACCUGGUGGCCGUGGUGGCCUUGCAUGCGGAGGCUGAUGCCAGGGCAGUGAUGAAGCUGCUCCAGGGAGAGGAUGUGGGGGGGCUGGUUCACGAGAAAGCGGGGGUGGAGACGGCUGGUGACAGCUUCGGCCUUGUCCUGCCACGUUUCAAACAGAGGUUUAUGUUCAUCAGGCCAGACACAGCCGACCUGCAUGCCCUGCUGGACGUAGCGAAGGUAGCCGACAGCCUGGUGUUUGUGCUGGACGUAGCACUGGGCUGGGACACAUACGGAGAGUAUUGCCUCUCUACCCUGUUUGCACAAGGCCUGCCCAGCCACGCGCUGGUAUGUACGGGUUUGGCCACGCUGCCAGCGAAGAAGCGGGUCGAAGCCAGGCGGUCUCUGGCGCGGGUCAUUGCUGCCCGCUUCCCUGAUGCACGCCUUUUCCCACUGGACUCUGGGCCAGAUGCUGCAUUGCUGCUCAGGCACUUGGCGAUGCAGCGUCAGCGGCGCCUGGGCUUCCGAUCCCGCCGCGCGCACAUGCUGGCCCAGAGAGUGAGCUAUACCGCUGGUGCUGCUGGCCUGGGCACCCUGCACGUCAGCGGCUAUGUCCGAGGGCGCCCCCUGAAGGUGGACAGGAUAGUGCAUAUCAUCGGUUAUGGAGACUUUCAGCUCCGCCAGGUUGAUGCCCCCCCCGACCCCCUGCCCCUUCUGUCAACAUCUCGACCCCCAAAGCCAGGCAAAGGAGAGGAUGUGGAGAUGCUGGAUGUGGCCACCCAGGCUGAGGACGGCGCUGCUGUGCGGGUCCUGAUGAAAGCAGACCCAUCCUGCAGGGAAAGCCUGCAGGCUGAGGCUGAAGUGGACCCUAUGGAUGGGGAGCAAACCUGGCCCACUGACUUGGAACUGCUAGAGGCUGAAGAGGCUAGAAAAAAAAGAAGGGUGAUGAAAGUACCAAGGGGAACAUCAGACUACCAGGCCACGUGGAUUCUGGAUGAUGGAGAGGAGAGCGAGGAUGCUGAAGAAAUCAGUGAUAGCGAGGACGACGAGAUGACGGAGGACGAGAAUGACGAAAUGAUGGAGGAUAAGGAUGGCAGUGAGUCUCAGCAUGCAGGUCAGGACCGCACCUCUGGUUCUGAGGAGGAGGAGGAGGAGGAGGAUGAAGAAGAAAUAAGCUCAAGCAGGCGCACGAGUGCCGAGCAGCACUAUGACGAGCAUGUGAAUGAGGAGCAAGAGCAGGAGGAGCUGCAGCGGUACCGGCAAGCACACGCAGACGACAUGUUCCCUGAUGAGGUGGACACGCCCCUGGACACGCCGGCCCGCAGCAGGUUCCAGCGGUACCGAGGACUGAAGAGCUUCCGCUCGUCGCCCUGGGACCCCUUGGAAAACCUGCCCCCCGACUAUGCCCGCAUCUUCCAGUUCCAGAGCUUCGAGCGCACGCGGCGAAGGGUGCUGGCCGAGGCGGCACAGGAGGAGGAUGGGGCCAUGGUGGGCUGGUAUGUCACCCUGCACAUUGAGGAGGUCCCCGCUUCUGUGAUGGAGAGCUUCCAGAGUGGCAGGCCCCUGGUCCUGGUCUCCUUGCUCCCCCACGAACAGAAGAUGUCGGUAAUGCACAUGCUGGUGAAGAGACAUCCCAGUAACACAUUGUCCAUCAAAUCCAAGGAGCAGCUGGUGUUUCAGUGUGGGUUCCGGCGAUUCCGGGCCUCCGCCCUCUUCUCCCAGCACACGUCAGCCGAUAAACACAAGAUGGAGCGUUUCCUGAGGCCCAACGCCCCAACCGUGAUGUCUGUGUACGCCCCCAUCUCCUUCCCCACUGCUGGGGUCCUGGUUUUCAAGGAGCGGGAUAAUGGUAUGCAGGAUCUAGUGGCAACAGGCCACCUACUCGCUAGCGCCCCUGACAGAGUGGUGCUGAAGAGGAUUGUGCUGAGUGGACACCCCUUCAAGAUCAACCGCCGCUCUGCGGUUGUCAGAUACAUGUUCUUCAACAGAGAGGACAUCCUUUGGUUCAAGCCAGUGGAGCUGCGAACCAAGUGGGGGAGAAGAGGACACAUCAAGGAAGCCCUGGGCACCCAUGGACACAUGAAAUGUGUCUUUGACAAGCAGCUGCCAUCCCAGGACACGGUUUUGAUGAACCUGUACAAGCGGGUCUUCCCCAAGUGGACCUACGACCCCUAUGUGCCUCAACCCCUGCCGUGGGUCCAGCAGGAGGCGCCAGCAAACCUGGCGGAAGCUGACAUGGAAUAGACUGUCCCUGGAGGAGUGGGAUUUUGUGGGAAGUGUCUCUCUCACACGUGAUUUAUUAUACAUGGACUAAGUAAAGCCUGUUUGCUGAAA